UAAUUAAUGAAAGUCAAAAGCAGCAACUGGAAUCUGUGAGCUACUCCUCCCGUUACGCUCUGGGACUUUUUUAUGAAGCCGGUACACAGAUUGAUGUUCCCUGGGCUGCACAGUACAUCACUGAUAAUCCCUGCAUACGCUUCAUCUCCAUCGAUAAUAAGAAACGCAAUAUAGAGUCUCCUGAAAUUGGGCCCUCAGUUGUAGUUCACACAACUGUGACAUUUGGAAGUGAGCACCUGGAUUCAGACCCUGCAGAGGUGCAGCAGUUAAUUCUCAGUCGCCUGGAGAGGAUUGUGCCAUCUCUACCUAAACCAGCCAGCAUCAAGUGUCAGAAAUGGAAAUAUUCUCAGGUUACAAAAGCUGUGCCCAAUUGUCUGGGACAUAUGAUUCUUCAUACUCAACCUCUUCUGAUUUGCGGGGGUGAUGGAUUUACUCGUUCCAACUUUGACGGCUGCAUAGAUUCUGCUAUGAGUCUUGCAGAGGCUGUGAAGUCUCAUUUAUAGCAAUUUCAAAGUUGGUGGCUGAACAAUCUAGAUUUAUCAUGAAUUUUACUAUGAUGGCUUGAAUUCUAGUUUUCUCUUAAUAUCACUGGCCUCUAUCUUGCAAAAAUAAUAAAAAAAAAGACCUCUUGGUGUGCUG